GGGGCUCCCGGCCAGCCGCCCCCGCCGCCCCGCUCCGCCCGCCACGGGGCACCGAGCGGCAAGUUUCGGCCCGUCCGGCCCGGCCCGGGGCUCGGCCCCCCCCCACCCCCGGCCCCGGCGCCUCGGGACGCGCCGGUCGCAUCCUCCGGCGCGUUUCGUUGGAGCCCGCCCGGGGCUCGCCGCAACCGGCGGCCCGGCACGGCCCGGCACGGCUCGGCCCGGCACGGCUCGGCGAGCCGGCACAAAGGGAAGGGACGCGGCACCUCCCGGGGACCCGGAGCGGGGGGAGGUUGUGGGGGGGGGGUGCCGCCCCCCAUCCUCCCCGGGACGCCCUUGCCCCGGGCGGCCGCUGCUGCCGGAGCCGCUCAGCCGCGGGUCCGCUCCCGGCGGCGGAUGCAGCGGGGCUCGGUACCGGCGGCCGCGGCGCGGGGGAUGUGCUACGGGUCCGCCAGACCUCUCCGGCCGGCCUGCCCGCCCGCGGCGGGGAGGGUCCUGCGGCAGCACUCGGGGCGGUGGUGGUGGGGGUCUGUGCUCCGGGCCGGGGCCGGCAGCGGCGAGCGGGGACGAGCCGGUCCGCGGAGCAGGGUUCCGGGAGCGGAGCGGGCCGGGGGCGGCGGCGGCGGAGCCCCGGGACCGCUUCUAACCCGCGCCGUUCCCCGAUUUUGUUUUGCAGGGGCGUUUUGGGGGGGAAUGGAGGCGAUCGCCAGUCAGAUGGGAAAUGGGAGAGAUGCAAGCUCCUCCCCAAAUUCAAAGCAAGAGCUGCAGCCGUACCAGGGCUCCAAUACCCUCAAGCCCAACCAAGUGGGUGAGACCUCUCUGUACGGCGUGCCCAUCGUGUCCCUGGUCAUCGACGGGCAGGAGCGGCUGUGCCUGGCGCAGAUCUCCAACACGCUGCUCAAGAACUACAGCUACAAUGAGAUCCACAACCGGCGGGUGGCCCUGGGCAUCACCUGCGUGCAGUGCACGCCGGUGCAGCUGGAGAUCCUGCGGCGGGCCGGGGCCAUGCCCAUCUCCUCCCGCCGCUGCGGCAUGAUCACCAAGCGGGAGGCGGAGCGGCUCUGCAAGUCCUUCCUGGGCGAGCACAAGCCGCCCAAGCUGCCCGAGAACUUCGCCUUCGACGUGGUGCACGAGUGCGCCUGGGGCUCCCGGGGCAGCUUCAUCCCGGCCCGCUACAACAGCUCCCGCGCCAAGUGCAUCAAGUGCAGCUACUGCAGCAUGUACUUCUCCCCCAACAAGUUCAUCUUCCACUCCCACCGCACCCCGGACUCCAAGUACACGCAGCCCGACGCCGCCAACUUCAACUCCUGGCGCCGGCACCUCAAGCUCAGCGACAAGACGGCCACCGAGGAGCUGUCGCACGCCUGGGAGGAUGUCAAGGCCAUGUUCAACGGCGGCACCCGCAAGCGGACCUUCUCCCUGCAAGGGGCGGCCGCCGGCGGGCCCGGCGCCGGUUCCCCAGCCGCCAAGGCCGCCCUGCACCCGCCGCCACCCGCCGGUCCCGAGCUGGCACCGGCGCACAAGAGCCUCCGCUGCAGCGGGCAGGAGCCGGCGGGCGAGCGCGGGGCGCUGGGGCUACCGGCGGCUCACGGCGGGGCGGCGGGGGCGCACGGCGGGGCGGGGGCGGUGCGCAGCUACCCGGUGAUCCCGGUGCCCAGUAAGGGCUUCGGGAUGCUGCAGAAGCUGCCGCCGCCCCUCUUCCCCCACCCCUACGGCUUCCCCGCCGCCGCUUUCGGACUCUGCCCCAAAAAGCAGGAGGACGCGCUGGGCGGCGCGGGAGGCGGCGAGGCGGGCAAGGGGGGAGCGCUGCCCCCCGGCAUGUUUUGGGGACCCCCGCACCCCCACCCGCACCAACCGGCCCAGCCUCCCCACCAGCCCGGAGCCGCCAAGGACGCCGGCGUCUACCCCUCCUUCCCCGUCUUCUGGCCGGCCGCCGGCAGCCUGCCCGUGCCGCCCUACCCGGCCCAGAGCCAGGCCAAGGCGGCGGCCACGGCCGUGGUGGUGGCGGCGGCGGCGGCAGCGGCGGCGGCGGCGGCCGAACCGCCGCCGGGUUUGUCGGGCCGCCACGGCGAGCUGGAGGGCUCGGAGCCGUCGGGCAGCGGGAGGAGCAGCGCUACCCCCCAGGAGGGAACCGGUACGGAGGGCGAGCGCUGCCCCAGCGCGCUGUCGCGGGCGGCGGGCGAGGAGGAACGCUCCGGGGACGAGGCGCUGCUCCCCCCGCUGCCCCUGCCCAGGAAGGGCAGCUACCUCUCCGCCUUCCGCCCGGUGGUAAAGGACGCCGAGAGCAUCGCCAAGCUCUACGGUACCCGGGAGGCGUAUGGCGGCGCGGCCCCCCGCGGCCCCGGUUACCUCUCCCCGGACUUUCUCAGCGAGGGCAGCUCCAGCUACCGCUCGCUCUCCCCCGGGGGGGACACGGCCGAGGAGCCCGAGGUGGACGUGGAGUCCAACCGCUUCCCGGAGGACGAGGAGGAGGAUGCCGCCGCCGCCGCCGCCGCCCCUCUCCCCGAGGGACGGGAGCCACCGCCGCCCCGGCUGCUGGCCGGUACCGAGGAACCGCCGCCCGCCGGGGCAGACGGGCCCGAGGAGAAGGCGGGCGAACCGGCGGCGCAGGAGGGCGGCCAGCAGCCCGACGGCAGCCCCGAGCGGAGCAGCAGCAGGGGCGGCUACGAGGUGUACGCGCCGGACAGGGGGGAGCACCUGCAGCCGCUGAAGACCACCGCCUCCCUGGGAGCCCCGGCUGCGUACCUCUGCACCCCCGAGGCGAAGGAGCAAGAUAAAGAAGACAAUCACUCCGCGGCAGAGGAUUUAGAGACCAGAAAAUCCUAUCAGGACCAAAGGAAUGUCUCGCAUCCCAGCCCUGUAAAUACCGACAGAGGAGAGGACGGCCUCGGCAUGGAUGUCGCCGGGACGCAGCUGGUGGAAAAAGACAUCGAAAAUUUGGCCCGAGAUGAGUUACAAAAACUGGUCCUGGAGCAAAUGGAGCUGAGGAAAAAGCUGGAGAGGGACUUCCAGAGCCUAAAAGAUAACUUCCAGGACCAGAUGAAGCGGGAGCUGGCGUAUCGGGAGGAGAUGGUGCAGCAGCUGCAGAUUGUCCGAGAUACGCUGUGCAACGAGCUGGACCAGGAGAGGAAAGCACGCUACGCCAUCCAGCAGAAGUUGAAAGAGGCCCACGACGCGCUGCAUCACUUCUCCUGCAAAAUGCUGACCCCGCGGCACUGCACGGGGAACUGCUCCUUCAAGCCGCCGCUGCUGCCCCAGUGAGCGCCCCCCCACCUCCGGACCCCCCCUUUCCCCCGAAGCCAUGCGGGCAGAGCCCACACAAGCCAUUUCCACGAGGAGACACUUGUACAUAGAGGACUCGGAGCCCGGCUUUCCUCGGACUGGCAAUACGGCGGGGAGCGGCCCCGGGCCGGCCGGAGGGGGAGCCGGGGCCCCCCCCACCCUGCGCCCCGCGCCCCCCCGGGGCCCCCCGCUCCGCCUCUCCCCCUCCCUCCCUGUGUGUCCGCUUCUUCAACCCUUGUCCAGACUGGAAACAAAAGUGGCUAUGUGCAAUGGAUAUAAAUGUACUGUGAUUCUCUUGGUACAGUAUUUGUUGGAUUUUUAUUUAUUUAUGAUGUAUAUUUAUUCCCCCCCCCGGGCCCCUUCCUCCCUCCCUCACCACCCCCUUGUAAAUUUAUGGAUGUAACAGCACUUUAACGGGCGGUCCGCGACUCCGGAGGCAGAACAACGCUCGCCCGCUCUGGGGAGAGACCCCUCUGUACGUGAUUUUGGUUCUUUAAUAAAAACC